CAGCGGCGCGCUCGCCCGCGGCUGCACCGCUGAGCCGGGCUCCCCGGCCCCGGCGCGCCGAGCGCUUGCGUGGGCUCUGUGCGGGCGCGAGUGAGCGCGGCCCCGGCGGGCCCGCCCGGAGGAGGCUUUCGGACCAUGGUCGCCCUCGGCUGAGUUUCCUGCGGCCACUUUGAUUACCGGCAAAUAAUCGUAACCAUACCGAGCCUCGGGGCCGGCGGCCGCCGCGCACGGACUCCGCAAGCCGGCACGCGGCCGCGUCCCGCACCGCCCGGCGCCGAUCGCCAGCUCCUAACGAGCCGAUGGAAAAAUCCAAAAAUUUCCGCAUCGACGCGCUGCUGGCCGUGGACCCCCCGCGAGCGGCCUCGGCGCAGACCGCGCCGCUGGCCCUGGUCACGUCGCUCGCGGCCGCCGCAGCUGGACCCGGCAGCGGCGGCGGUGGCGGGGCGAGUGGCGGGGCGAGCGGCAGCUGCAGCCCGGCGUCCUCGGAGCCGCCCGCGGCGCCCGCCGACCGCCUGCGCGCAGAGAGCCCUUCGCCGCCGCGCUUGCUGGCCGCGCACUGCGCGCUGCUGCCCAAACCCGGCUUCUUGGGAGCGGGCGGCGCGGGCGGCGCGGCGGGCGGCGCGGCGGGCGGCGGGCCCGGAGGGCCCCACCACCACGCGCACCCCGGCGCCGCCGCGGCCGCCGCAGCUGCCGCCGCCGCCGCAGCCGCAGGGGGCCUGGCGCUGGGGCUGCAUCCGGGGGGCGCUCAGGGCGGCGCGGGGCUCCCGGCGCAGGCGGCGCUCUACGGUCACCCGGUCUACGGCUACUCGGCGGCGGCGGCGGCGGCCGCGCUGGCCGGGCAGCACCCGGCGCUCUCCUACGCGUACCCGCAGGUGCAGGGCGCGCACCCCGCGCACCCCGCCGACCCCAUCAAGCUGGGCGCCGGCACCUUCCAGCUGGACCAGUGGCUUCGUGCGUCCACCGCGGGCAUGAUCCUGCCCAAGAUGCCGGACUUCAACUCCCAGGCGCAGUCCAACCUGCUGGGGAAGUGCCGCCGGCCCCGCACCGCCUUCACCAGCCAGCAGCUGCUGGAGCUGGAGCACCAGUUCAAGCUCAACAAGUACCUGUCUCGGCCCAAACGCUUCGAGGUGGCCACCUCACUGAUGCUCACGGAGACUCAGGUGAAGAUCUGGUUCCAGAACCGGCGGAUGAAGUGGAAGCGCAGCAAGAAAGCCAAAGAGCAGGCGGCGCAGGAGGCCGAGAAGCAGAAGGGAGGCGGCGGCGCGGGCAAAGGCGGCGGCGCCGCCGAGGACCCGGGGGAUCAGGAGCCGCUGGGGCCGCCGGCGCCCGGGGACAAGGGCGGCGCACGCCGCCUGCGGGACUUGAGGGACAGUGAGCCCGACGACGACGACGACGACGACGACGACGAGGACCGCUUCCCCUACAGCAACGGCGCGGGCGCGCGCGCUGCCUCCUCCGACUGCUCCUCCGGGGCCGACUCGCCGCCCCCGCGGCCCGGCGCGCCCGGCCACCAGCCCCCGCCCCAGUAGGGGCCCCGC